CAGUGCUUGGGAAAGGCUCGCAGUGCCGUGGCUGCUGGCUGACAGCGACUAACUUCGAGAAGAGAUCAGUCCACAUGUGGGCCUUCCUGGGGAGAUCUGAAUGCAUUCUGUGUCUGUCUUCAGCCUUGUGCGCGAUGGCUCUGCUCAGCAAUGACCAGUUACCCAGGCUUAAUCAAACUCACUUGACCCCCUUGUUGCUGAAAAUCCGAAAAGUAGGUUUAGAAGUCAAUGGCUCGCAAUUCACACUGGAAGGCUUUCCAUUCCGGAUCAUAUCUGGCACUAUAGACUACUUCCGGAUACCUAGGAACUCAUGGAGACUCAGCUUGAGUAAGAUGCAGGCCUGUGGCUUCAAUACUCUUACCACGCAUGUUCCUUGGAACCUCCACGAGCCAGCAGUGGGCCAGUUUUAUUUCAUUGAAAACGUGGACCUCUUAGCUUUUAUCUCCAUGGCUUCGGAGAUGGGACUCUGGGUCAUUCUGUGUCCAGGCCCCUACAUUGGCAGUGAUUUGGACCUUGGAGGCUUGCCCAGCUGGUUACUUAAGGAUCCAAAAAUGAAAUUACGGACAACUUACAAGGGAUUUACUAAAGCAAUGAAUCGGUAUUUCGACUAUCUGAUUCCCCGGAUAGCAAAAUUCCAGUAUAAAAAAGGAGGCCCCAUCAUUGCUGUGCAAGUCGAGAAUGAAUAUGGUUCUUACUAUAUGGAUAAGAAAUACAUGGCGUAUGUGAAAAAGGCUUUAGUGUCAAGAGGGAUCAAUGAGCUGCUCAUGACUGCAGAUGAUGGUGCGAAUCUAAAAAAGGGCCAUUUGGAAAACGUGCUGGUCACUCUCCACAUGAAGAAUAUAAAGAAAGAAACAUAUGAAGACCUCAGAUCUAUUCAGGGUAGAAGCCCUAUUCUGAUGAUGGUAUAUACAGCCAACUCUUUUGACACAUGGGGAGCUCUUCACCAGGUUGGAGAUCCACAAAUACUGAUGAAGAAUGUACGUGAGAUAUUCAACCUUGGGUUCUCCCUCAACUUCUACAUGUUCCAAGGUGGCACCAACUUUGGCUUAAUUGGUGGAUCUGAGUCUUCAGAGGGUCACACGCCUGUAGUAACCAGUUAUGACUACAGUGGACUGGUGUCAGAAGGUGGAGGUUAUACACCUGAGUACCAGGAAUUUCAGCAUUUUUUCCAUUCUGUUAUAGAUUUUCAGUUGUCCGUUCAACCAAAAGCUACACUGAUGUUUGCCUAUCAGCCAGUGAUGUUGUUACAUUUCAUGACCCUGUGGGAAGUCCUGCCCUAUCUGGUCAAGACAACCAAGUCUUCCAAGCCACUAUCCAUGGAGCAGCUGCCUGUGAAUGAAGGGAAUGGCCAGGCCUUUGGCUAUAUAAUUUAUGAAACCAAAAUCUUCCAUGGAGGCCUCCUCUCAUCAAGGGGUCAUAUUCAUGACCGGGGACAGGUGUUUUUGGAUAACAACUCUGUAGGACUCCUGGAUGAAUCCAACAAUGAGCUGCUUCUUUUCAAAGAUCUCUCCAAGAAAACCCAGAUUCUGAGGAUCCUGGUAGAGAACCAAGGCCGACUCACUUCUGGGCAGGAUAUCAACAAGGAGAGAAAAGGUUUAACUGGAGACAUCUAUCUAGACAAGUCUCCACUAAGACUAUUUAAAAUCUACAGCCUGGAAAUGAAAAAAUAUUUCAUACAAAGGGAAUUUCCUAAGUUCUGGAAAACAGUGACAAGCCCUGUCCAGGGCCCUGCCUUUUUCCUCAGUCACUUCAAAGCUGGAGAUCCUCCAAAGGAUACCUUCAUUAAAAUACAGGGUUGGGGAAAAGGUGUCAUAUCCAUCAAUGGAAGGAGCCUAGGACGAUACUGGAACAUUGGCCCCCAGGACACCAUCUAUGUCCCUGGCUCCUGGCUUCAUCCUGGAGUUAAUCAGAUCAUAAUGUUUGAGGAAUUGAGAGGUGGUGUACAGAUUCACUUCACAAACAAGGCUCAUCUAGGACAUUGACUCUCAAGAAAUGUGAUAUAAGCUAGAAGAUAGACAGCUGAAUCCCAUCUGCAGUGGUACUGGGAGUAAUCCAUCAGUCCUGACCCAUAGGUGCAUCUACACUGGCUUCAUUUUCUACCCAUGCCAGGCUUGGUUCCAUUUUCUACCUCCUCACUUGAUGGCAAACCAGCUUUUGACUCGUUAGCUCACCUGUUUCUGAUGCUUAAAACAAAAUGGGCUUUACUCUUACACUUUCUUUGUCAUGUUUCUUCUGUUAAAAGCUCUUUGACCAGCAAAUAAAAUUUUGGGGAAAAAAAGCA